AUGAGCGAAACAAUUAACGGCCAACCCCACGAUAGAUACGCACUCAUUCUCUAUGGCUCAGAGACAGGGAACAGCCACGAUGUGGCUCAGCGCUUGGGCCAGAUUACAGAGAGAUUACACUUCAAGACAAUCGUAACCGAGAUGGACGAUUUCGCGGAGGUGGUGGAGAAGCGGAUGAAGUCUGGGGAAGUGAAGAAAAUCCCGACUUUGAAAGCCGACGUCUUGCGCAAGGCAUCACUACUGGUUCUCGUGACUUCGACGACAGGACAAGGCGAAUUUCCAAAGAACUCGAGGAGGUUAUGGACGAGUCUUCUGAAGAAGAAUUUAUCGCCUAUAUGUUUAGAAGGAUUGCGGUUUACGACUUUUGGGCUUGGAGAUAGCUCGUAUGCAAAGUUCAAUCGAGCAGCUCGAUUACUUCAUGUGCGACUCCAAGGCUUAGGCGCCAAAGAGCUCUUUCCUCGAGGUGAGGCUGAUGAUCAGCAUCAAGAUGGGUUCGAUGGGGCAUACCUUCCAUGGGCUGCCGAAUUUCAAUCUCACAUCCAAAUUGCGUAUCCAUUACCGGAAGGAGUUGACCCAAUACCUCCAGAUGUGCUCCUUCCUUUCAAGUGGACACACCAAAUCGCAGGACCAGAAACAUCUAAUCCAGAAGUAAAUGACCAAAGUCCCCUUGCUAAAAGUCUUACACAGCGGCCGCCACCGCCAGAAGCCGACGGAGAUAUGAAGCAUCACCCACCAGAAGAUCGAACACCAGAUGUACCCAUUGCUCAGCUCAAAGAGCCUUUCCCACCCAGGGACCUGACCGCCGAUCCCAUACUGGAGAACUUACGUUUACCUCCCAUUCCAAAUUCAUGUAUAGCAUUUGUUCAAUCGAACAAGCGUCUCACCCCGAAAUCCCAUUGGCAAGAUGUCCGAGAGAUCACAUUCUUCGUUCCAGGAACCAUCCACUACAAUCCUGGCGACACCAUGACUAUCUUCCCCCAGAACUUCCCCGAGGAUGUACAAGCGCUGAUAGACCUUAUGGAUUGGAACGAUGUUGCAGAUGUACCACUGAAGUUCCGAGUCGAAGGCUGCGCUGCAUUCUUCGACAAGUUUCUUGUUCCGCCUGUUCCAAAAGACUGCUGGAUGAUACCCAACUCCACCUUGCGGGACCUCCUCACACUCAACCUCGACAUCACAGCUAUCCCACAACGAAACGUCCUAGAUAUAUUAGCACACUACACCGAUGAUCCUACGCACAAAGAACGUCUACUUGAGUUCUCAAAUCCAGCUUACACCGACGAAUUCUUCGAUUACGCCACCCGCCCACGACGAGGCAUUCUCGAAGUACUGCAGGAUUUCCGAUCCGUGAAGCUCCCUUUCAAUAUCGUCACAACAGUGUUUCCCGUGAUACGUGGCAGACAAUACAGCAUAGCCAGCGGAGGGAUUCAGAAAGUCUGCCAAAGAGACUACACGAAAGUUCAACUCCUCGUCGCAGUCGUCAACUAUAAAACCGUCCUAUCCAAAGUCCGACGCGGCCUCUGUACUCGAUUCCUAGCGGCUCUUCCACCCAACGCCAAUCUCAUGGUCCGUUUCGGCUUCGAAUACAAAUUCUACGAGCACCUCGAAGACAAGCCCGAACGACCUGUCAUCCUUGUCGCUCCCGGCACAGGCCUCGCGCCCUGCCGCUCUCUCAUCUGGGAGCGUCGCGAACUGGCUUUCAAAGACAUCAAAUUCGGCCGUCACUAUCUCUUCUUUGGUGGUCGCAAUCAGGAUGCUGAUUACUUCUACAAAGACGAGUGGAAGAAUGCAAACCUUCAAGUCGAUGUCUUCCCUGCCUUUUCUCGGGAUGAUCCUACGGGAAAGAAGGUCUACGUCCAGGAUAAGAUUCGUGAGGAGGGAGACCUUGUCUUUAGAUUACUGAAGGUUAGGGCGUAUGUUUUUGUUUGUGGAAGUUCGGGGAGUAUGCCGAAGGCUGUUAGGGAGGCUUUCAUAGAUGUUAUCGAGGAGAGGCAAGGGACGGGUAAGAGGGAAGAUGCAGAGAGGAUUAUUGCACUAAUGGAGAAGAGCGGUAUGUACAGACAAGAGACUUGGUAG